AUGUCUGCUCAAGAUAAUACGUUCCAUGGAUGGGUCUGCAACGGCAAAGGCCAACCACUCGAGUGGCGCGAAUUAUCCUUGAAGAAGUUUGAAGAUGACGACCUAGAGAUCGAUGUCACACACUGCGGUAUCUGUGGCAGUGAUAUCCACACUUUAGAUUCGGGCUGGGGAUCUACAAACUAUCCUUGUGUUGUUGGCCACGAAAUUGUUGGCGUUGUAACAAAACUCGGCAAGAACGUAACUGAAUUUAAGGUUGGUGACCGCGUUGGCAUUGGUGCUCAGUGCGACUCUUGUGGUGAGUGCCACGAGUGUAAGAACGGUCAUGAAAAUAUUUGUCGUACUGGUAUGACUACAACAUACGAUGGACGUUGGAAAUGCGGCGACAAGACUUACGGUGGUUACGCCGAUAAGUGGCGCGGCAACAAGAACUUUGUAUUCAAGAUUCCUGACGACAUGUCUAACGAACUGGCUUCCACCUUUUUCUGUGCUGGUGUCACCACUUACUGGCCUUUGAAGAAUCAUGGCGUUAACGAACAGUCUCACAUCGGUGUCAUUGGCCUUGGUGGUCUUGGACACUUUACUGUAAUGUGGGCCAAGGCAAUGGGCGCAAAGGUCACCGUCUUUUCGAGCUCUGACCGCAAGCGUGAGGAUGCUUUUGUUCUUGGCGCCGAUGACUAUGUAGUCUCCAGCGACAGUGAGGCCGUUCUUGCUCGCGAUCGCCAGCUCUCACACUUGGUGUGCACUUCGUUUGGCAACAAUUUCGACUGGUUGCAGUUCCUCAGCAUGCUCGAACCCAACGGUGUCUUCAUCAUGGCUGCUAAUCCAGAGACUCCGCUCUCUAAUAUUCCCGCUGGCAUUCUGCUCAUGCGCCAGAUCUCGAUUGUCGGUACCGCUAUCGGCUCGCCAAAGACGAUCCGCAAAAUGCUCGAGUUUGCUGCCGAGAAAAACGUUAAGCCUUGGAUCGAAAAAUACCCCAUGGAAAAGGUCGUCGACGCUAUCCAAGAUUUGAGAGACAACAAGGCCCGCUACAGAUAUGUCCUUCAGCGUAACUAA